UGUUUUAAUGAGACUAUUUUUAAAAAGGGAAGUGAUCUGCUUUUCCAAACCUUUAUUUCUUUCUAAUAUUUUUCAUACCUAGUUUCUUAUUCCUUUUCCAUUUCUCCUUCAAAACCUCUCUGAUACUGCAUAGGCACAAGGUGCGUGUUCAACUGCUAGCAUACUUGAUAGGUUAGCAAGAACCUUAAGGACUCUUAAGAACAGCACUGAGCAGCACUCCCAAACCGCUUCAGGGAGAUCUCUGAAAGCCGGAUUCUCUCCAUUCCGACUCCCUUUGUAUCACCUUCCUAACUCCGCGGGCACCGGCAGGCUGGCAGAGCGGCUGACGCGAGGGGCACUGCUGGCUCCUAGGCGGGGCCAAGACGGAGGAGCCCGGCGGCUCUGCUUCGCUUCGCCGCGGCACCCUCCCCGCCGGGCGGGCCGCUCCCGGCCCUUCGGAGCAGCCGCCGGGGCAGGCGGGUUAGCGCUGUGUCUCGACGAGGCUGGCAGUGCGCCGCUUCGAUGGCGGCUUUGCUUCCCGAGCGGCGGGACGAGCCGAACGCGGGGGCCCGGGGCUGCGGCGGGGGCGCGGGGCUGCGGGGCGGCCCUGCCUGGCGCUCGCCCCCGCCGGGGCGCGCCUCUCCCGCCGCCGCCGGGCGACGGCGUCGCUGGCAUGGUCACGGCACCCCGCGUGAUAAUUGACGGUUAUUUAUUCAGCGGAGGCGGCCCCGAGCACGGGGUGCAGACCGCGGGCUCCCCGAAGGCUCGGGUGUCCCCUUGCAGAGGCUCGGGCGAUCCGGCCGCUUGUCCUUGAAGAAACUCCUGUUGCACUCACUCUGCUUCAGCGUGGACAUCUGGAACUUGAUACGGCAGCGUCGGAGGCUGUGGCCCCCACCCGUGGCAGCCACGGAAAUUCAUGCCGCUGGACUCUACUAAGCAGACGCAUCAGAUAAACGAGGUCCUUCUCUUUUGGCCGCCUGCCUAUCUGAUUCUCUUUUUCCCUUUCCUAGGCAUUGCUCUGUUCUUCUGAGAAAAACUGCAAGGACUCUGAUCAAUGCCCUCAGAACAUGUCUAAUUGGACAAGUCUGUGGUAUGUCUGGUUAAUCUUGCUGACUGUGUUCCUGCUCCUGCUCUGUGGGAUCACAGCAAGCUGCAUCAAAUUUUGCUGCCGGAAGAAGAGGCCUCCAGUUGAGACCUUCCCCAGGCCCCCUUAUGAUCUGACAGUUAUUCCUAUAGACAGUGACAGCACUGCCCACAGCACAGUGACCUCAUAUAGCUCGCUGCAGUACCCUCUAAGUGCCCCUAUUCAUUCAAUAUUUGUGGAUACGGAUAAGAACACUGUGUCCCCUCCAGCUUACAGUCUCUACGCGAUGGACUUGCCACCUUCUUACGAUGAAGCUGUCCAAAUGGGUAAACAAUACACUGAAGUAGCACAGAUAAACCAGAAACUCAAUGACAUCUCAGGAGAGGUCACACCGGGUGGGCUGAAUCCCAUCCAGUAUUCACCUGAUACAACCAACAGAGAUCCAGCAACACAGGCAAAUUCAGAAAAUUCAGAAGAUGCAACACAAAAACAACCGCAGCUCUGACUCAUUUCACAUGGGGAGUAAAGGAAGGGAAGGACUGUAAGAGUUAAAGAAGACAUGAAGAGUUUCAUUUUAUAGGCAGGUUAUGAUGUGAAGAUGUUUCCUCUCAUGCCCUUGUAAUGAUCUGUCAGUUAGAAGAAAUUUUUUCUGUGACUGCUGUAAUCUCCUGGUAAAGCUUCUUCAAGGAUAUGAAACAAAGUAAAAGGGCAGCAGUUUAAAAAUGCCUGUAGAAGUGGGACAUGAAUGCUUGUUCAUCUUAUGAUUAAAAAAACCCCAAACAAUAAUUCCUUGUGUCCAGCAUAUGGCAAUAAAAAAGGUCAGGGGAAUUUUGCCAUCUUGGGAACACACACGGAGUCAGAACAGUACAAACAGCAAGUUGGUGUUCCAGAACAGAAGCUUCCCAAACUGGAGUUGAAAGGGGAAUCCUAGCAAGUCACACUGAAUAGCCUCUGUAGUUUCUCUUCUUUUGAUAAUGUUAACUGUCCAGCAAAUUGCUGGAGUGCAAAUUGCUGCUUAAUGACACAUGUUCCUUAAACUGAAGGAAGAUGGCAAACAAGGACAGGAAAGUGUGUGGAGGGAAAUGCAUUAUGUUAUGUUUCACAACUAGAGACAAGGAAUGAGACAGAUACUUUUUUUAUCGUUGUUGGUCAUGAGACUUGAAGGAAUUGGGUUUGGAGCUCUUUUAAUCUUUAAACUUGUUCAAGAUGAGUUAGGGAUGAUUCUUCAUGAAAUACUGAUAGCGAGGAUAACUGCUAUGGAUCAUUUUAAAACUGGGAGAUUGGAGUUGAUUACAGUGGUCUCAGACCAGACAAAAUUAUGGGCUAUGAGAGGCCUUUUUUAAAAUGACAGCUCUUUCCCUUUCUUGCCCCUCCCGUAUUCCAAAUAGUACAAAUUUUGUCCACUCCUGAGUAGUGAUUUUCUCUGAAUCCACUUUAGCAAGGUGCUGAUUUGGCUGCCUUUAAAAACAUGAGCAAUCUACAGGAUGGUUCAUUGCUGUGGGAUUACCUACAAGAUCAGAGCAGGAAAGAAAGCAUAAGCACUAGGUUCUAUUAAUGAAUGUAACAUAAACUGUGGAGUGCUAGGUCAGAGUUAAUGUUGACUGACCUUCUACUAACAAGAAUAUGACUGAUGAUCUUCACUUUUGCUGAAGUUGCUUUGGUAUCUGUGAAAAGGGGCUACCUUCUGCAAAUAUUUAGGUGUCUGUCAUUAAUAAGCAGUAGAACUGGUGGGCACAAAAUCUUGCACGGCUUCUGGAAGACUAUUGUCUGACAACCAUCACUGCAAGAACUACUCUUGAAAUGAGCACUAAUGAUUUAAAAAUUAAGAUCUCUCUGCCAGCCAACAGGACUGAGACUAGAAUCUCUGCUACACAUUCAUGGUGUGUGAGCUGUUCGUGAGUCCAGCUCCCUAGAGAAGUGUUGCUUCUAUAUUUAACUUGCAUAUAGCUUACUAUGAGGGUUGUAGGGAAAGAUUGGUUUAACAAAUCUGCUUCUCUUCUCUGUCAUUCUUAAUUAUACUUCUUUUGGUUUAUUCUCUCCUCUGCCUUCUUUUUCUGUGUCAAGAUGGAGACUAGGCAUAACCCAGUGUAAUUAUUUGGAUGUCUCUAGCUGGAGACAUCCUGGGUGUCUCAUCUCCAAGUCACAAAUACAGCAGAUGUAUUUUUAUUUAUUGAACCUUUUCAUCAGGAUAGUACUCAGAAACAAAUCCUAUGCCUUUCCAAAGAAGAAAUAUCUGUUGCAGGGAAAUGGCUGAGCGCUCACUCACAAACAGAAACAGGACUGUAAAGCCAGGCAAAUAAAAAAACAGUGACUGACACAAGAGGGCAGUCCUUCACUUUUCAGUGUAUUGCAUUAUAUGUGUAUUGAACUGGAAACAGCUCUGUAAAGAAACGAGCUCUUGAUAUUGCUUCUAUGGCUCGGGUUUGCUCAGUUCUUCAGAGAUUACUCUGGAGUGCAAGGACUGAGCUUGCUUGAGGAGGACGGGGAAAUAAUCACAAUGGUUUGACUUCCCUGCCCUUCCUGCUUUUCCUUGCAUGCUGCUUCUGUCUUGGGAGUUGUCAGCAGUACCUCACAGACUAUCUACCAAACUGUAAGAUCUGUUUCCAUUUGGUCAUGGAGGAUGAUAGUUCUAACUGCAAGACCCCAGUCAAAACCCUAAAUGCCCAUGGAGUGCUUACAAACCAGAUCUGACUCCAUUACUACCUGGUAAUAGAAAGGCCUGUCUCGCUCUGGAGCACCUCUGUUGCAAAUCUAGCCUAGUUAGAAUUGCCCUGCAGUAAUCUGUCACUUGUGUCCUUAAUUGCAUAAUUCCACAAAUCAUUAUCCAGACUAAAAGAAAACAACUGGACUUGCUGCCUCUUUACAAAAGUACAGACCAGGCAAAGAGGGAGUAACACUGCAGGAACUGAGUUUCCAUGUAUGUACGUAGGAAGCAAGUGUCAUUUGACACAGCAUAGUGAAUAAAGCACUUAGUUUUUUUCCCUGACUUCCUAGGAAGAAGGGCAUAAUCCGGUGUUUUCUUUCUAACACCCAAGAAAAAGUCUUGUGUCUUGCCCAGGCUCUUGCCUUAUAACAUGGUUCAUUAAUUCAAACAUAAACUAUUUGUUAACAUAAACUAUUGACCUAAUCAGCCUGCAGGAACACAGAAUUUUCUUUGCACAUUAAAAGCAGCUUAGUCUGCUCCUCACAAUGUUUUCAAUAGUGAUCUCGGGUUUUUAUCAAAAUCAUCUGACUCCUCACAGAAAGCUGAUAAUCAAAGCUGGCCCUGGCCCUUUGUCUUUGAGGAGGCAGAUUACCCCCACAACUGUUCAUUAUUUACAUCUCCACUUAACAGGUUUCUUUAGCUCAACAGCAUUACAGAAGUUACAGCCCUCCAGACAGACAGAUCAUGAAUAGGGGAUUUACAAAUUCUGUUUAAAUUCCUGCAGCAAAGAGCUCUCUUCCCAUCUUGAGAACAGUUUGUAUUUGUGUAGAGUCCAGUUCAUCAAUUAGAAUCACUGUUGCAUGUGGGAACACAGCAAGAGAAAAUGACCCCAAACUAAUGUCAGAAAAAGAACUAAAAGGGCAAUCUACUGAAUCCUGGUCUACACAAGCAAUAGCUUGAAAAUGGUGCUCCCAUAUGCCUUACAUAACGCUAAAUGAGAAGGAAGUAGAAUGGAAAAGAGUGUCCAUUGAUCACCUGGUUCUUUUCUGCUUAAUUGGGCAAAUCAGAAAAAGACUUUCUUGUUGUUUAUGCCUCUAAAAAUAGACUUAGUAGCCAGCUUCCACUCAGCAUAUAUUUUUGCAAUAUGACUAGGAAGAGGACAUUACGAGCUCCUUAAGCCUAUUGCAUGGUAAGUUAAAUUCAACUUCUUUGUUUUAACUGAUGUUUUAACACUUGCUAACCAAACCCAAAAAUGUGGAAUGGAGAUUAGUGUUCUGUCUUUACUGCUGUUUUCCAUAAAAAUUUCCCUUUUGACUUUUUCUUUGUGUUCCAAAAACCUGUUUACCUCUCAGUGCGGGAUGUGACUUUAUAAUCCUAGAAAACUUUGUUUUGUUGUUGAUGCUUUUAAUAAGGCUCAAACAGCAAGUGGGAUACUUUCAAAAGCCCCCAACCUAGAUAGACACGGUGUUCCUUUGUGUUUAUUCUGCUGAGCGUGUAAGGGGGAAAGGAGGGAGAGGACUAUUCUUAAACUUUACUUCUUACUGGGCAUGAUGACUGGGUCUCUGGUGUUUGUCAAUGAAAGUAUUUGGAAUGUAAAAGGUUAGUUUGCUUUUAGAUUUGAAUUCUGCAAUAUUAAAUCAGAUGAAAAAAAAUGAGAUUCUGCUGCAGAAAAAGAGUCCACUUUACAUUCACUUUUAUUCCUCUUAGCCACAUGUACCUUUCCUCUUCUAUUUCCAAACAGGUAUGCCAUGUCUCAGUUCCUGGUCAGAAAUCUUGCAUAGUGUUGCCAUAGGCUCUUUAAGAGCCAUCAAAUAGCACCCAGAGGUGGGGGUAUAUCAGUGAGAAAUGAAGUGAUCUCUGUGGAUGUAUUUCUUAUAGCCAGUUUUUAAAGUACUCUGAAGUUUCAAAACAAGACACUAUAAUUGAUAUUAUUUAUUAGUGCUAUAGUGCACAUCUAAAGUGUGAAUAUCUAAACCAGAAACCUUUCAGGAGAAACGUUCUAUCCCUGGUGGUAGUAUAGACUAGCCUCUUGAGAAGAUCCAGAAUCAGCAUGUUUCCAGUCAUAAAGAAUUAAUCUAUAUGUUUUACCCCCUCAAAAAUGUUUUAAUAAUUAAAUAGGUUUUUUUUUUUUAAAAAAAGUUUUCCAGAAUAGAGAAGCAAAUUUAAAUGGAUAGAUUAAAAAAAAAAAUUCAAUUACUUUCUAAUAAGGUAGUCAUUCAAGCAUGUCUAAAUAAUUUUAAAUCCAUGUCUAAAUAAUUUUAAAUUACACAAUUAACCAAACAGGACUUCAACCAUUGUUAGAUUUGCUCAGGGUUACUCUGAAAUAAUUUGUCUUUGACAGGUGUGUAUCACAACACAUUUUUCAUACAAGUCUUAUGCCAUUUGUGUAAAAGAUGUAAUAUUACAGGCACAUAAAGAAGCUGCAGGUGUUACAGUGUGGUACAGCAAAGAAAGGCAAUAUACUUGCUGUGUUCUUAGCAUCUUUCAAGACUGCUCAGAUAGAACAUCCCUAAUCUACUGUUAAGUGCUGGCCCCAAAUGGAAAAUGAACUCUGCCUUUCAUACUGCAGAAGAGGGCUAGGCGGUUAGUCAUCUAGGGACAGGGUUUCUUGAACACCUUUUAUGGCUUCAAGAGCUUGAGACUAAGAGCCCUAUUUUUGGAAGACUUGCUUCUGACUGUCUGCUUGAGACAGGAGCACACAGCCAAACUCUGUGUCUAACGUGUCCAAAAGAUGCAUCUUUCUAAACCAUAUAUUUUAAAAGAUAAGUAUUAUAGAUACACUUGCUAGGAAUCUCAGAAAAGAAGAUUAAGAGAAAACAUGUGAUGGAUGUUUCCUUUCCUUUAACUUUUUGAGUAAUAAGAAAUAAUCCAUUGGUGAUACUGAUUGUCCCCUGGUACUCAGCUGGCGUAAAAAAAUCAUUUUAUCACUUGCAGGGGUAAGAAAAGGCCUAUUGCACCAACAUACUAAAGAUUAGUCUGGUCUAUGCUGCAGAAAUGUACAAACUCUUCUCAGGAUUGCUUACAUUAAACCAGCUCCAAUGGUCCUGGCAGUAUGGGAAGCCAUAAUCUAGACAGGUUGUUGAUGACCAUAGUUAACUUGGUUAUUUUUAAAUGCAGUGUCUGUCUUACCUAGUGCUACAUUGACAGCACAGUGAUGCAAGUGCUCACAUUUUACUAUUGGUUUUAUCAGAUUGCUCUGACCAGUUGUAGGAAGUCACUGGGAAGUGUGAACUCCUGUCAACAUUGCUACUGAAGCAAUUCCCUGUUAUAAUGCUGAAGGCUUCUACUCCCCGGCUAAGGAAAUCUGCUUGCAGCUGCCUGUGCAUGUACUAUUGAGAUGUGUUCUGUUUAGAAGUCUGUUAGGUGACCUCUGCCGAGUCACUUCCCCUCUUAUGUCUCUGUUUCUUUUCCCAGCCUUUCUGGCUGGUGUUUAAGACAUGUGUUCACUGGUGCAGGAAAUUCUCCCACAGUGCCUACCAUAGUGGGAAUCUGGUCAUAGAGGGAUAUUCUCCAUAUUCAAAGAACAUCAACAGUUGAGGAGAGGAAAAGGACCUUGAAACCCACAAAUAACGCCUCCCUCAUUCCCCCCUGCAACCCUUUGGAUUCCUUGAGCAGUGGAAGUAACAGAGCCUGGUUUUCUAGAUUUCUAAAUCUUUUGACAACAUUCCCUAACAUUUAAGAAUACAUAACCUUCAGUAGAAGCUUUCCUUGUAGUUAGGACAUGCAUCAGAUCUUUCUUGUGUGCAUUUUCCAGUGCCUAAUAAGGGUGAGCUCAUGCUGGAGUCUCUCUUGCAAUACAGAUAUUGAAAGACCCCUCUUCUCUACCCAGCUUCUGUUUUCAUGAAACAUUUAGAAGCUUUAUGUCUUCAGAAUCUCAAGUUCUCUAUCAUCUUGCUUGAAAUUUGUCAGUGGAUUCAGAAAUUAUUAGCUGGGUGUGGAGAGUGGAAGGAGGGGAGAUGGGACACAGAUCUGACUGAUUACAAAGCCUCAUUUCCAUAAGAAACCAGGUUUAAAAAGAACAUCAAGCAGGAGGCUUGGUCCCACAGCGGGUUAUGUGCUCAGCUGGAUGGAGGAUCUAAGAAUUCUGAUUUCUCAGUCGACCAUUUUUCACCAUCACUAGAUCCAUUCAAGUCUGAUUAUAUCCACACAAGCUUUGUGACAUCUCUAAGGGAAAAGCCCUCUCUGUAAUUACCCAAAGUGCAUUUUUAAUUGUGAUUUUAAUUUGGUGCUCAUUUGGCACUGUUCAUGCAAUUUUUCUUCUCUCAUUUGUCCAAAAUGAUUGUUUUGCCAGUUAUUUUCUGUUGUUAUUGGCUGACUGUGCAGAAGAGCCUAUGAUGGGGAGAUGUACUGCUAGAGAAGUUGGUGCUUACAUCACAGUCAGCAGCCUGCAGUCCUGUCUCUCUCUUCUCACACACACACGCUCUCAUCAUGAGCACUUGUGCUCAGAAAGAAAAUGCAGACUUGGAAGUAAAUUGCCUCAAUAAUUCAUAGGCUUUAUAGCUCAGAGCAAAUUAUACCUUGUCUCUGUCAUGAAAUUCAGGUUGCAAAUCCCUUUACAGCCAAGCUCGUUAACAAUAUAAGUAAAGUGGUACAUCUAUAAUAGCUUUUAUAAUCGAUGCAUUAUAAUCUUUGGAGAAUACUAAGUGGUAAACCUGCAGCAUCCAGGCUGAAGCAUCAAUAGGGUCUGGAUACAGUAAGAGUCAGAGAAAAAAACAUUUCUUUUUCUGCCUUGCAGUUGCCUUUGCCUGCCUUGCUGCCCCCAAAUAGCUUAGAAGAAGGUUUGGUUUGUUUGUUUUCUAACUGCAUUUCAACUUUAUCAGAUGCGGUUUUUGAGGGAAAAGAAUCACUGCUAUUGCCAGUACUGAUAAGUGGGACACUUAGACACAUGCAAAACCUGCUCACUUAUGGAAUAAAAUAGCUCUCACAAUAUCACUUUUCAGAUUCUUGCUCUUAGCUGUCUCCUGGCUCUGAUUCUAAUCAUCUUUACCUCUUGGAACUAUUUUUGUUUAGGGAGACAUUUACUAAUUUUGCUGCAAGUAUCAGAGGUUCUUUCCUUUACCCACAACUAAAAUUCAAACUGUGAAAGAAGCUUUUGAAUCAUAUUCAGAGCAGACUAUGAAAACAAAGUAUCAUAGGGGAAUUGUGCUCUAUAAAAAUGAAGACAAUAAAUGUUUUACGAAAAAUUACAUCCUAAGCUUAAAUACAAUGCACAAAAAAGCUUAGGUGCAAACCCACAUCACUGGGAAAAGAUUUUGUUCUGGUCAGUCAAAAUUUAGAAUAUAAAAUGCCAGAGCUCUUUUUAGCUUACUGGGGAAAAAAUUGGGCUGUAGAAAAGAAGGUAUGCCUUCAAAGAUACUUCACAUGUUUUUAGAAUAACCAAACUCACUUUGCACACUUGGAGAAAGGAGGAAAUAAAUUUCUAUUUCAAAUCUAGAAAUUCCUGAAUCUGCAUGAAAGUGCUUAAUUUUUACUCUUUUUUUUACCCUGCUUUCCCAAGUAGCUCAAAAAGGAAACAAAAAAGAAGAGCCUAAUGUGGAGCUCAUAUGUGUGCCUUGUUUUUUCUCUUUCCAUGCUAACAGUUUAUGGCAUAAGCUACUUCCAUCCCACAAGUAAGGAAGUACAGUACCGAGGUUGAAGAAUUGACCUGGGAAACCCAGCUCAGCUACUUGUUCUGCCACAGACUUCCCAUAUGACACUGGGAAAGUCACUUAGUCUCUGUUGGCCACUGUUCCUGGCCUGUAAAACAGGGACUGUAGCACUAUCUUAUCUUGCAAAGAAUUUUGAGGAUGAAUACAUUGAGUGUGGGCUGCGCUGUCAUAAUGAAAUACAGAUACACAGUCAGAGCAUGAUGAACUUUGUGUGGGACACGUAGCUAAGGAAAAAAGCCUCCCUGCUCCCUCCCCCUCUUAAGGGAGGGAAUCUAGAGAAGAAACUUGGGGAAAACAAAUGCUGUGAGACUUAGAAAUAGCCUCUGGACUUCAGGUGCCUAAUCCAGUCAUCAUUACAACAUUCCUAACUAGAGGAAGAAGCAGAGAGGAGAGAAAUUUAAAAGAUAGGCCCAGGAUCAGUGUGAGAUGCCUGAUGAAUGAUGGUAGGAGUCUUGUGACAGCAGCUUAUCUUGCUGACCUGCUGGGGAUCAAAUGUCCCAAGAGAUACCACUUCAGAUGUAAACAUGAAAAAGAAUGCUAAUUCUUUGUCAGUUUGUACAAGCACUUAAUUUUUAUAACUUUGAUCUCUCUCUUGCUGAAACUCACCUUUUGUUCUGUAAUCUGUCAUCUUUUGGUCUAGUUUAGAAGUCUCUGUAGUCUGCUUUCCACCCUCUCCACACUUAUCAGAUCAGACUAGACGAGAAGUGCCAUGGGAUAAGAAAUGCUGUCCUUUUUACCCCUGAACAGCACUUGCCAAAUGGCUGCAUCUCUUGUCAAAAGGCAGUUGUCGGAGACACACCAUUGUUCUGUGAAGAAGGUAGAAGGAAGUUGUUCUGCACUGCACAUAAGGUCACUUCGGCUCUUUUAAAAGGCAAUAUAAUUGUGAUUAGCUAGCUAACCAGAAGGUCAUAAAAAUAAAUACACCCUGUGUAUUUGGAGAACUUGUCCCUCGCUUCUGUGAUUCCGGCUAAACUGCCUUCUUCCACAAGGUGGCAUUAGUGAGCCUAAGUGGCCUAUUGAACGUCUUUUUCAGCCACGGUGCUGGAAGGCAACACGUAGAAAGUCAAUUAAAUUUUGUGAGAAGAUUAUUUUGAGGAAAAAACGUUAUACGUUUUUAUUCCUUACUUUAAAAUUGCACAUAUAGAGUAGACUUUUUCAUCUGGAUAAAAGAUCUCCCAUACCUGCUGUAAAAUACUGAACUCCAACUGACUUUGGCCAUAUGGGAAGUAACAAAGCGUAUGUACUGUUAUUUUCACUGUAAUAAUCAAGAAAACAUCUGUGAUAAUGGCAAGGGCUGUCUUUCAAUCAAGAAACAUCCUGGAGUGUGACAGACUCCAGCUUUAUCACAGAUACAUCCUGGGCAAUUAUACAUGUACCACUUUCAAUGCCUUUGUCUCUAUUUUCCAUUGAUAAGCAAUUAUAGAAUCACAGAGGUUGGAAGGGACUUCUGGACUCAUCUAGUCCAACCCUCCUGCUCACAGGAGGGUCAACUAGAGCAGCUUGCUCAGGGCCCUGUCCACUCUGGCUUUGAAUUCUCCAAGGAUGGUGAUGCUACAACCUCUCUGGGCAACCUGUUCUAGUGUCUGACCACCCUUAGAGUAAAAGCAGGGUUUUUUUGAAUGUUUGAGUGGAAUUUCCUGUAUUUUGGGUUGUUCCCACUGCUUCUCACCCUGUCAGUUGGUGCCCAUUGAAAAAAGUCUGUCUUUGUUUUCUUUACACCUUCCCAUCAGGUAUUUAAACAGAUUAAUAAGAUUCCCUCCUGAACCAUCUCUUCUUGAGGCCAGAGAACCCCAGCUUGCUUGUCCUCUCCUCAUAUGCCAGAUGCUUCAAUCCCUUAAUCAUCAAAAUACUUAAUCUCAUCUUUUGUCCAACUUGUCUAAAUUGUUCAGGAAUCUCACCUGAAUUUAAGUGUGAUAUUUAGUAUAUUUCUACUGAAUGUGGGCCUAGAAUAAACAAUUGCAUAGAGCAGACCAUGGGAAACAUCAUGUGAGCUGGAUACCUAAUCACUCUGUUACCGCCUCGUACUGUGCUGUAAGCUUUGCUGAUGCUACCUAUGCAAUGUUUUUUGUUGCACUGCUUAGACUGACAUUGCAUCAUCUCAUACAGUGAAAGUUCAACGCAAGCUUGUGAUUACAGCGGUCAGCUCAGUAUGCUGCUGAUUUGUGUCCCAACGGUAAGAAAAUUGGCAAGAUGAAAUCAGACAAAGAGCAGAGGAGAGAGAAGAGAUGCAUCUACAUGAACUGUUUAAUCAGAAAAGGACAAGCUGCUUGAAAGUGGGGAAAAAAGAAAUGCAAUCUUCCUCCUGCUUUGCAUGGUGCUUUUGGGUGGAAGAUGCUUUAUAAAUACCCCUCCUGCAGGAGAUCAUGCUUUAGAAGUACAGGAAAUUGCCUGGAUUAAAAAAAGAACAUAAGGAAUAAUGCUCUUCCAGGCCAGAAAAGGAAGAGAUGUUUCCUUUCUGUAGUUUAUCUCAUUCUUGCCAACAAGAAAACCAUAUUUCAUCAGAGCAUGCCCUUGCUUCCACAGGUUUCAAUGAAAAUCAUUGGUUAUUGAGAAAAAAUAUUUGCCCUUGUUCUCUUAUGUGAGUUGUAGCUAGUGAUACUGUAAACCCACUGCUUACUGCUAAGCUAUAAUAAUAAAGAAAAAUCAAAGUUUCUGGUCAAUUCCUACAUCUUUAUUUCCUAACAUAUCCCACUAUUGUAGGUACAAAACUUAUACCCCAAAAUCUCUAAGCUUGAAUCCUUUAAUCAAUGUGCAAGAUGCUAGGUAACACAUGUUAACACAAUGAAACAAAAGAAAAAAAAAUCAGGAUAAUUUGAGCAUCUGUGGGAUUAGUUUGGUGACUUCUUCAUCUGUUAUAAUUAUAAACCAUAAAAUUGCAAGUGUGUACAUGUGUCUAAUCAGUUGGUAGUUCUGUUACAUACAGCCUUUCUUACUUCUCACCUCCCCUGUUUGUCUGCUGAGACCUAGUCCUUUAAGAUGGCCAUUUGGUGCCUGUUUCUUUGUAUCUCAGUUUGUGCAGUCUUUUACCCAUGUACCCAUGAUUAAUCCAGAUGCCCGAAUUGGCUACUUCACAAGUCUGAAACAACAUUCAGAGAAAUGAAACUAAAAAAUGAAGGAGUUUCUUAUCAGUCUGGAGAUGGGGUGGGGGAUGGAACAGGCAACUGCUAGAUCCAAAAAUUAGUCAGAUUGUUCUUUAUGAAUUUACAAGAAACACAUGAAUCCCAGAUGUGGAUGCAGAAGGGUCUUUCUUCAAAUCCUGCAUGUCUGCAGUUCUAGUGAUUCAUAUCUUAAGCUGUUGCUACAUUGUCUUGAAUUCAGGGAAGACUCCAGUAUAAAAUCUGUGGCACAGGAAGUUCAGCUUCCUCUCCAGAUUUCCUUCCUCCACCUCCUUAUAUGCAGAAUAGCCGGGAACAUAUUUAAGCUUUGCCUGUGCUGACUGAAAGCUCGUAUGACUGCGGAGUGGUUUGCGUUUAUACACAAUACCUUCAGCUAAAGUGCUCAAGACACGCAGCACAAAAGACAGUGGCUCUUAAUGAGAAGACUUAAACCCCUAAAUAUCCUGAACUGUUGAGUAGCAUUUUGUAACUGCACACUAAGCUGCACCUACUCCCUAAAGCAAAUAUGAUCAAAGUGAGUGAUAAAGGUGGCUCCUAUGGACAUUCAAUCCCAAUUCCACGGUGAAUUAGGGAAAACUCUUAUUGAUGACAGUGGGGAAUUUAGCCAUCGUGUAAGUCUGCCACAAUUGCAGAGUAAGAAAAACUAUGGAAAACCAAGCCUGGAUCAAGUCAAUGCCUAAGCUAUCAGUAAUUUUAAUAGGCUAAUUUCACUUCCUAUAAUUUUAUCUAGGCUUCAGUGUCCUUCAAAAACAGCUUGCUAAGCUCCAGACUGGGGGUCGGUCAGUCCAGUUGUCCAGUUUGAGCCUCAAACUGAAAUAGGUAGAAAAAGACACAAACUACAUUAUAACUAAGCUCUGGAAGUGCAUGUUAAGUAUGUUAGGAAAGUGACAAUUUAAAGUGUGACAGAGCAUUAAAGACCUCUGAGCUAGGUCUGUAGAAACUGGCACUACUUUGGUAUGUACAUAUAUGUGCAAAGAUCCUCAUUACAAUCACAGAAGCAAUAUAGCCAUGGUAGUGAGGCACUGUACACCAGGGCUAAACUGAGGUGUGGCAAUAUACUGAUGUAGCUUAUGAAGCUUUCAGUUCUGAAAUUUGCCUAGUGAGCUAUCUCUGGGAUGUGCUAGUAGUGCUUCAGUGUAUGGUGUAUAUAUUCCCUACAAGAAUGCUCCCUUGGUGUAACAAAACCAGCAUGCUGUAUUUGCAGAGCAUGUAUGACUAAGCUCUACCAAGCAUAGUUUAUUCCAUCACCAACCUAUCUCCAGAACAGAACGUGCUAUACCGAGGCAAAGAACAGUAGCAGCACCUGCUUCAGUACCUUUCACCAGCGUAGCUAGAAAAGACAUGUGUACAGCUGCAAUAUGAACAUGGAGAGAGGGGCCUGAACAGCUAAUUGCUUGUCGUGUGAUCCAGAAUGCAGACUAUUCUGAGAAGUUAUACUAGGAAGAGGACAGCCAGAGAGCAGACAGCUCUUUUACACCACUCCCCGGAUUAAAUCUUUCUAUUCCUAAGAUGUCCCUUCACUUCUCUGACCGCCAUACGUAUGCUGGCAGAAGUAAGUGCACAGAUCUGAUUUUAGCUGUAGCACAGGCUGAGCAAACGUGUUAUUGAAAAUAAAUUAAUGCAGUCCAUACAGAUAGAGCAGAACUCUGCCCUUGAAACACAUUUGACAGCUUUCUUAUGAGACACGUGUUACUAACAUGCAGCCUACCACAAGGCUGGCAGAAAAUCAAAAUCUGAAAGCAUAAAAAGGGGAGUCACCUCAGUGCCAAAUGCAAUCACUAGCUCUGGGAAGCGGUGAGUGUUUGAAAUCCAUACGAUGUCACCCGCUUAUUCAUACAAGGACAAAAAUACCAUAAAAAAAUCAUUGAGUUUCAGUCACGUUGAGACACUCAAAGUAACAGAGAUUAAUAAAUAAUAAAUAGCAGUACCAUCAAUAACAAAUGCCAAAGGGUGAUGCUGUAUCUAGAUGCAUAUCUGCUGACUAGUGCAUAUUAGUAAACCACACAGUGCUUUUAGCUCUGACUUCAAUAUUAAUUUUGGCAGUGGAAAGAGGUUUUAUUAAAAGUACUGAAAAUGUCAUUCAUCUUUAUUUGUAUUACAUUUGUUAUGAGGAUUUAAAGCCCAAUACACAACUAUGGGGAGAUGCAAAAACUGAAAUGGACCAAUCUGAUCAUAAAAAUAAAUGAACCUCAAAAGAGAAACUCAUGUUUUAAAUAGUGAGAAGAAUGUCCACUUCUUAUAUUUCUAAUACUAUAAGGUGUUACUGAUAGGAAUUGUUUUUCAAGGUUUGUUUUUUCUCUAAGGAGUUCUUUUUAAAUCCCUUGCAAGCUAAAUGAUCUAUCUGUAGGUACAUUAUGAUGGUAGCCCACAAUCCAUAGGAAUAAAAAAUUAAAUAAAAGGUAGGAACAUGGAGAAAUUAAAUCAUGUGAUUACUUAUUUAAAAUACUAAAUUCAAAGGAAAUGAAACUAUUUAAAGUACUAUCCAGUAAUCUAAGCUGCUCAAAAUACUGCAGUAAGUUAACUUAUUUGAAAUUGUCACCAUAUUUUUUUUGUAUUUUUUUAGUUAAGUGCUGAAUAGCAUAUUGAUACAUCAGUCUUUCAUAAUGCUGAAUCUUUUCUAGGAUGUUCUGAAGAUUUCAGAAGUCACUGAAGUUAGAGGGGAAUUUUACUUACUGGCAGUCUAGGAUCCAUAACCUCGAAAUAGGAUGCAUCAACAAUUCUCUAGAUUGUUCUGCUGCUGUUAUAUUACCAAUGCAAAUCCCUACUGGUACCAGUGUGGUAGAAGUCACAAAAAACACAAUGGUCUUUAUGUUUUAUUGGAUUAGCAUAAUACACAUCAGUAAUAGAACAGCAUAACUCAGCCUAAACACACAUAGGUAAUAUUAUAGCUCUGUUGCUGAGCUUUUGUAGGUAAGAAAUUUGUCAGCAUGUUGCUCACAGUAUAAUACAAAACCUGGUUUCCAGCUGUUACAGUUCUCAAGUAAAAAUGUCUUUAAUCAGGCAUCAAAACUCAACACACAAUGACUACCUACGAAUAGAAUGUAUUAUCAGUUCUGAAACUAGUUUGUUCAGUUAAUUAAAGUUAAAGGUUUUUGGAGAACACUGGGUUUUUAUGGGUUUUCUUCCUAAUUUUGUGUUUGUUCAUGGAGACCUGUUACCAUUGGGGAAAGUGGGCGGUUUAUGUUACUUUGACUAUCUAUUUUUUGAAUGUGUUCCUUGACCCCUUAGAAUUCUUAGUCCAAAUCUGUUUGUGUUUUAAGGUUUAUCAAAAUAUUUCCCAUCAAAAUUAUUUCUUCAAUAAAUAUUUUGGCUUGACUAAGCAAAAAUAUA